AACCUCACAAUCUGGAUAAGAAGAGAAGAUAAGGGACACGCGUCAAAUAUCCAACACCCCUAAAACAUUGUCUGAGUUACUAAAACACACAAAACUCUUCUUCACUCUCUCUUUUACAUCUUUCCCGACAAUGGCUUCAGCUUCACCGACAGCUACUCUUCUCAAACCCAAUCCUCCUCCUCCGCCGCAUAAACCGACCGUCAUCACCGCCUCCGUAUCUCCUCCUCUUCGCCACACCCUCCUCCGCCGCGAUUUACUCUCAUUAACCGCCGCAUCAACGCUUAUUCUAACGCAGUCAAUUAUUCCGUUUGUAGCUCCGUCGCCAGCUUCUGCCGCCGAAGACGAAGAGUACGUGAAGGAUACGUCGGCGGUGAUCUCUAAAGUUCGAACGACGCUCUCGAUGGAGAGGACGGAUCCGAACGUGGCGGACACGGUGGCGGAGCUGAGAGAGGCGUCGAACUCGUGGGUGGCGAAGUACAGGAAAGAGAAAGCGCUGCUGGGGAAAGCGUCGUUCAGGGACAUGUACGCGGCGUUGAACGCAGUGUCGGGACAUUACGUGAGCUUUGGACCGACGGCUCCGAUACCGGCGAAGAGGAAGGCGAGGAUUCUUGAAGAGAUGGAGACUGCUGAGAAAGCUCUUUCAAGAGGAAGAUAAAAUUUACAGUAACACAGUUAUUCUUGUUGUUGAUAGAAUUUCAUUUUCACAAAAAUGCCUAUCGAAUUAUUUAUGAGAAGAUAAAUUUGAAUUUGCUCGAUGGA